AUGGAACAGAAGCAGCCCAACAAUUCAACAGUUGAUUUGUUGAGAGCAACAAUAUUGGCAACUGAAACCGCCAACACUAGCAACAUUAACUUGCAAGAGAAUUUUAUUAAACGAAAUGUCCACAACGUGAUGUCCUUUUCAACUUUCAAAUCGGUUAACAAAUUAGGAGAGACAUAUGCUGAUGAAAUGUUGAAUGACGUCAGCACACACAACAACAUCGGCAGCAACAUCAACAACAACAACGAUAUCACAACCACCCACUCCAACAUUGUUCCUGUUCCUUUAUUAAAUGCAAACUUUAGCGAAGAUGACAACAACAACAACAACAAUAGCAAUUCGAACUACAACUCCAUCUACAACUCAACAAUACUGACACCAACUAGCAUCUGCCAACAAAACAUGCUGGCAACAACAAACGCAACGACGAGAUUGGCACAGACACGUGAUUUCGCAUCGACCAAUCAGCAGCAGAUAAAGUUCUGUCGAAAGUGCCACAAAUGCAAAGCAGUGCCAAGCAGCAAUGAUGAACACGUCUACGGUGAGCUGAAGGACAACAAGAAUGAACUAUAUUGCGGGGGAUUCCAAAAGUUAUUUAUAGAAGCAAACCCUAACCUCAGUAGCAACAACAACAACAACAACAACAACGAUGGAAUAUACAACUCCUACUGCACUGGUUCGUGUUGCAACAGUGUCUACGACAGCAACUUCCAGCAGAACAACAAGUUGAACAAUCUUUCCAACAUGUUCAGCACGGAUCUCUCAACACUGACGAUCAUGCACCACGCCGCAACGAACAUGUCCGCCGACUGUGCAAACUCACAAUCAAGUGUUGCCAUUUAUCAGAAAUCAAAUUCAAUGCCAAAGUUGAUAAACAAUGGUGGCAAGAGGGGCAACAUCGAUACGAACAAGCGCUCCUUCCAAAGUGUCAACACUAAUAAAUAUUUCUACAGCAAUAACAAGGAAAGCAGUAUUAACGGCAGCGUUGACUGUUCAGACACGAUAUAUUUCAACAACAACAACAACAACAACGACGACAUCAACAACAACGAAAUCAACAUGGGCAAUAAUACGAACGACAACAAAACAUCAACAACGAACUCCAGCGCAAUGAAACCACAUUUCUGUUUGACUUUUUCUGAAAAGCAAUUAAAACGUGAUAAACCAAUUGCAAAAACAGCAAAGCCACACGCGACAACGUCGACGAAAUUGAAUUGUUGCAAAAAGCAACGCCAACAAAAGCCCCAACAAACAUCAACAACUGCCGCAUCGACAUCAGCGUCAACAACUUCCAGAUUCACAGCAGUAGCAGCAGCAACAACAACAAAAACAACAGCAAAUACACCAAAGACAUCAAAAAAAAGUGACAGCCAUCAUAACUUUGAAGGCAGUCACGUGAACAACUCCUCAGACGAUGAUUGCACGGAAACGACGAUGACUUCUGGCGGAGGCGCCAAAAUUCUCACCAAGAGUUCAAAAAUUAAAACUUGUUUAAAUUUUUCAAAAACGAAAACUUCAAAACAGCACCAUCAACUUCAUCACCAACAACAAAAACGUAAACAACAACUGAAAGAAUUUCAACAACGGCAAUAUCAACAACACCAACAACAACAUCAACAACGUUGGCAGUUUUGCAACAAAUGUUGCGCAACAAAACUGUGCAUCGGUGUUGUUGUCCUGACGUUGUUGUCCUUCCUUCUCAUCUGCUUGCUACCCGCUCUCUUCUACUGCAGCAGUAACAACAUCAACAACAACAACAACAUCUAUAGCAACAAUAACACGAUAAUAUUCUCUCGUAUUUAA